AUGGCGGUUCCCUCAGGCUGCGGCGACAGCAUCGUUGAAAGCCUUUCGCGAACAUGGUCGGGGCAGCCCGACCCUCAGGACAAGCGAUACGACGAGAAAGAUGACCAGCCCAUCAGCAAGGCCGAAGACUGGCGACUCAUGAACUACGUCCGCACAUACCACGCCAACGACAAGGCUGAGAGCCGACGCCUGGGCAUCGCCUGGAAGGACCUGACCAUCAAAGGCAUCAGCAGUGGGACGRCAAUUCACGACAACUUUCUCAGUCAGUUCAAUAUUCCGCAGCAAAUGAAGGAUGGCCGGGGGARGGCGGGCCUCAAGACGAUUGUCAAUUCGAGUUCGGGAUGUKUUCGUCCAGGCGAGAUGUUGCUCGUUCUCGGACGUCCUGGUGCCGGCUGCACAAGUCUGUUGAAAAUUCUCGGCAAUCGCAGGAAGGGGUACGCCGAUAUCUCCGGCGAGAUACAUUACGGGACCAUGGAUCCACAGGAAGCUGAGCAGUACCGCGGACAAAUUGUCAUGAACACGGAGGAAGAGAUCUUCUAUCCGACGCUUACAGUCGGCCGCACAAUGGACUUUGCUACCCGACUCAAAACGCCAGCAACCCUUCCCGCUGAUGCCGAAUCCUCCGAGAAGCAUCGUCUCGGCAUGAAGGAGUUUCUUCUAGAGUCCAUGGGAAUCGCUCAUACAUCUGAUACCAAGGUCGGCGAUGCAUUUGUCCGUGGCGUCAGCGGCGGCGAGCGGAAACGUGUGUCCAUCAUCGAGACUCUCGCCACACAUGCAAGUAUCUACUGUUGGGACAACUCGACUCGUGGUCUUGAUGCUUCGAGUGCGUUGGAUUGGGCACGCGCAUUGCGAGCCUUGACCGAUGAGCUUGGCCUGACGACCAUUGUGACUUUGUAUCAGGCCGGUAACGGUAUCUUUGAUCUUUUUGACAAGGUACUCGUUCUUGACGAGGGCGAGCAGGUCUUCUACGGACCCACAUCACAGGCUCGGCCGUUCAUGCACGCCCAAGGCUUUGUCUGUGAUGAUGCAGCAAAUGUGGCAGAUUUCCUCACCGGCGUCACAGUACCAAGCGAACGAACAAUCCGUAAAGGAUUCAAGAAUCGGUUCCCCCGGAAUGCUGCAGACCUCCGUGUAGCUUUUGAGCAGUCGACUAUCAAGCCUUUGAUGGAUACAGAGCUCGAUUUCCCAUCUUCCGACGAAGCAGCCCGCUGGACCCAGCAAUUCAAAGAGGCAGUAGCCUUGGACAAGGCCAACUCGCUGUCCAAAAAGUCGCCACUUACAGUCACCUUCAUGACCCAAAUUCGAGCCUGUGUGGUCCGCCAAUAUCAGAUCCUCUGGGGUGACAAGGCCACUUUCAUCAUCAAGCAAGUUGCCACAAUCAUCCAGGCUUUGGUUGGAGGCUCGCUCUUCUAUAACGCACCAGAAAACUCGUCCGGCCUGUUCUCCAAAGGCGGAGCCGUCUUCCUUUCCCUACUUUACAACUCCCUCCUCGCCAUGUCUGAGGUCACCGACUCUUUCGCUGGCCGACCGGUCUUGACGAAGCACAAAGCAUUUGCGUUUUACGAUCCCGCUGCCUUUUGUAUCGCCCAAAUCGCUGCUGAUGUGCCCAUAUUAAUCAUCCAGGUUACCAGUUUCGACGUGAUACUGUAUUGGAUGACCGGUUUGACGCCCACCGCCGAUGCUUUCAUGACGUUCUGGUUCAUCACUCUUCUGGCUACUUUCACCAUGACGGCCUUUUUCCGUAUGGUCGGUGCAGCAUUUCCCACGUUCGAUGCCGCGUCCAAGGUAUCCGGCUUCGCAGUCUCUGCGCUCAUCACAUUUGUCGGCUACGAACAACCGAAGCCUCAAAUGCAUCCCUGGCUCGUCUGGAUCUACUGGAUCAAUCCGCUGGCCUAUGCAUUUGAAUCUCUCAUGUCCAACGAGUUCAAAGGCAAGACAAUUCCGUGUGCAAACGCCAAUAAAAUCCCGAACUUUCUACCACAGUAUGCGGAUGCCCCAGCAGCUUGUUCUGGAGUUGGAGGCGCUCGACCUUAUGAAGACUUUGUUCGUGGCGAGGAUUACCUGGCAAGCUUGUCCUACUCAAAGAGUCACAUUUGGCGCAACGUUGGGAUCCUUUUCGCGUGGUGGGCCUUUUUCACUGCAUUGACUGUGAUAUUCACCCGUCGCUGGCGUGAUGCGAGCGAGGCCGGCCAAAAUCUUGUGGUUCCCCGUGAAAGGGCGAUGAAACACGCGGCUGUCAUGAGUGAUGAAGAAUCUGCAAUGGCGGAAGUGGGCAGUAUCGCCUCCUCCCACAAGGAAAAGGAACAUGAGACCGAAAUGGAAAGAAGAAUGCCAGAUUCCGGAAAGGACACUCAAUUGGUCCGAAACACAUCGGUCUUCACCUGGCGCAAUUUGACAUAUACUGUCAAGACUCCUUCAGGCGAUCGUAUUCUUCUCGACAAUGUGCACGGAUAUGUCAAGCCUGGCAUGCUAGGUGCACUGAUGGGCAGUUCUGGUGCUGGAAAGACUACUUUACUUGAUGUGCUAGCCCAGCGCAAGACAGAUGGUACGAUCCGCGGAGAAAUCAUGGUAGAUGGACGCCCUUUGCCAGUCUCAUUCCAGCGAUCUGCUGGCUAUUGUGAGCAGCUCGAUGUCCACGAAGCCUAUUCCACUGUACGAGAGGCCUUGGAGUUCUCCGCUCUCCUUCGCCAACCCCGAGAUGUCCCCCGGGAAGAAAAGCUUGCCUAUGUUGACACUAUCAUCGAUCUGCUCGAGCUCCGCGAUCUCGAACACACACUUAUUGGGCGAAUCGGUUUUGGACUGAGUGUCGAGCAACGGAAACGAGUGACCAUCGGUGUCGAACUCGUCUCGAAACCUUCGAUCCUGAUCUUCCUAGACGAGCCAACCUCCGGACUUGAUGGCCAAGCGGCUUUCAGUACUGUCCAGUUCCUUCGCAAACUUGCAGACGCUGGACAGGCUGUUUUGGUCACGAUUCAUCAACCUUCUGCUCAGCUUUUCGCCCAAUUCGAUACACUCUUGCUUCUUGCGAAGGGUGGUAAGACUGUUUACUUUGGCGAUAUUGGUGAUAAAGCUGCGACUGUUCGCGAAUACUUUGCCCGGAAUGGUGUGCCUUGUCCGCCUAGUUCGAACCCGGCCGAGCAUAUGAUCGACGUUGUCUCCGGAAGACUGUCCAAGGGUAAGGAUUGGAACGAAGUCUGGCUUGCGUCUCCCGAGUCACAGAAGUUGGACAACGAUCUCGAAGACAUAAUCACCACUGCAGCUGGGAAGCCUCCCGGAACAGAAGAUGACGGACAUGAAUUUGCCACGUCUCUCAUCGCCCAGACACGACUCGUUACCCAUCGCAUGAAUGUGGCUCUCUAUCGCAACGUCGACUACAUCAACAACAAGAUUGCUCUUCACAUCGGCUUGGGACUCUUCAAUGGAUUCACGUUUUGGAAAAUCAAAACCUCGACCGCCGGUCAGCAAGAGGUGCUCUUUGCUCUGUUCAACUUCAUCUUCGUUGCUCCGGGAGUCAUUGCUCAGCUUCAGCCGCUGUUUAUUGAACGACGCGACAUCUACGAGACUAGAGAGAAGAAGUCCAAAAUGUACCACUGGGCACCAUUCGUCACCGGUCUGAUCGUCUCCGAGAUCCCCUACCUGAUCAUUUGCGGCCUCCUAUACUUCUUCUGCAUGUACUACACCGUCGGCUUCCCCACCGAACACUCACGCGCAGGGAGCACUCUAUUCGUCAUGCUGGUAUAUGAGUUCAUUUACACCGGAAUCGGCCAGUUCGUCGCGGCUUAUGCCCCCAAUGCCGUCUUCGCAUCCCUGGUAAACCCGCUAUUAUUAGGCACCCUGGUCUCAUUCUGCGGAGUCCUAGUCCCCUAUGCCCAGAUCCAGGAGUUCUGGCGCUACUGGAUGUACUAUCUGAACCCUUUUACCUACCUCAUGGGAGCCCUCCUAGUCUUCGCAGAUUUCGACCGUCCCGUAAAUUGCAAACCCUCGGAAUUCGCACGUUUCAAUCCUCCUUCGGGGAUGAAUUGUGCUGAAUAUUUGGCACCUUACCUCGCCGGACCCGGUUCCAGAAACAAUCUCACCAACCCCGAUGCUUUGACCGAUUGUAGAGUCUGUGUCUAUACCACCGGCUCGGAUUAUUUGUAUACCAUCAACUUGAAAGAUUACUACUAUGGCUGGAGGAAUGCGGCUAUUUGUGUGAUCUUUGCCAUUUCGAGCUAUGGAAUGGUUUAUCUUUUGAUGAAGUUGAGAACUAAAGCUUCUAAGAAGGCGCAGUGA